AUGUUGACGCUCGGCACAAAGUUCCCCGAUGUCCAGGCGGAAGCCUCUGGCCUGCCUGGCAACAAAAUCAAGCUGUACGAUUACCUCGGGAACUCCUGGGGGCUUUUCAUGAGCCAUCCGAAUGACUUCACUCCAGUGUGCACGACGGAGUUGGCGCAGGCUGCCGCGUUGGUUGGCGAGUUCGCCAAGAGGAACUGCAGGCUUGUUGGCUUUUCCUGCAACGACAUCUCAUCGCACGCGGAAUGGGCGAAGGACAUCGUCCAUCUGGCUCAGAUCUCCGGCGAUCUGCCGUUCCCGAUCAUUGCUGACCCCUCUCGCGAGUGGGCGAAAGAUCUCGGCAUCAUGGAUCCCGAGGAGAAAGACAAAGCCGGCCUCCCGCUGACGUGCCGCUCCGCCAUCUUCAUCGGCAACGACCGCCGAGUCAAGGCGCUCAUCCUGUACCCUGCGACUGUGGGUCGCUGCUUCAAGGAGAUUCUUCGAGUCUUGGAUGGGCUGCAGCUCGUCGAGAAGUACCCCGUCGCCACGCCUGAGGGUUGGAGACCGGGUGACAAGGUCAUGGUGCAGCCUAUGCUUUCUGACGAGGAAGCGAAGGCGCAACUGCCCAAGGGGUUCGAGACCGUCGAGUGCCCAUCUGGCAUGAAAUACAUGCGGCUUGCUGCGGAUCCUUCCGCGCAGUGA